AUGGUUGUGAAUGCUUCAAAACUAUCUACUCUGGCCAACCCAAAGAGUUUCCAGUUCUUCCCUCGUGGGAAAGGAGUUUGUACUGAAGCAGAUUUAACCAGGGACAGUGGGUGUUUAGGCCCUAGAGGGGUACAGAUUUUGCUGGUGUUGAUUUUCUUACAGAUUCUUCUGGAUAUGAACCUGAAUGAGGAGAAACAGCAACCUUUGAGGGAAAGGACAUCGUCAUCAGGAAGGGAGAUGGUGUCCCAGUACUCGCACACCUCCAAGGCUGGCAUGAACCAAAAGGAGAGCUCUAGGUCUGCCAUGAUGUACAUUCAGGAGCUGAGGUCAGGCGUGCAGGAUAUGCCUCUGCUCAGCUGCUUGGAGUCCCUUUAUGUCUCGCUUAACAACAACCCUGUCAGUUGGGUGCAGACAUUCGGUGGGGAGGGCCUGGCCUCCUUAUUGGACAUCCUUAAACGACUCCAUGAUGAGAAGGAGGAGACAGCUGGAAGCUAUGACAGCCGUAACAAGCAUCAGAUCAUUCAUUGCUUGACUUUUAUGAAUAAUAAGUUUGGAAUCAAGACCAUGCUGGAGACAGAAGAAGGAAUCCUGCUGCCAGUCAGAGCCAUGGAUGCUGCUCUUCCCAACAUGAGGACUGAUGCAGCCAAACUGCUUUCUGCUCUUUGUAUCCUGCCGACACCAGACGACAUGAAUGAAAGGGUUUUGGGGGCCAUUACAGAAAAAGCCAAGAUGGAUGAGAUGGAACGCUUCCAGCCACUGUUGGAUGGGUUAAAAAGUGGGCCCUCCAUUGCCCUCAAAGGCAUGUAUAUCCCCUGAAACUGGGUGGGAUGCCUGCAGCUGAUCAAUGCUCUCAUCACACCGGCUGAAGAACGUGAUUUGUGAGUUCCCCUCUGAAGUGGACUGAUGCACUGGGAGCAGCAGCAGGUGUUACAGGACCUCCAAGAGAUUGAAAAUGACGAUGUGAGAGUGCAGCUGACUGUAUUUGAUGAGCAAGGGGAGGAAGAUUCCUAUGACCUGAAGGGGCAGUUGGAUGAUACUCGGAUGGAGAUGGAUGACUGCAGUGAAGUCUUUCAGAUUCUCUUCAAUACCGUGAAGGAUUCAAAGGCAGAGCCACACUUCCUGUCCAUCUCGCAGCACCUUCUUUUGGUCUGAAAUGACUAUGAGUCCAGACCACCAUACUAUAUGCUGAUUGAAGAAUGUACUUCUCAGAUAGUUCUGCCCAAGAAUGGGGCUGAUCCUGACUUCAAGUGUAGGUAUCUCCAGGUUGAUAUUGAGGGAUCGACUGAUCCAAUGAUUGAUAAAACAAAGGUGGAGAAAUCACAAGCCAAAGAUAUGGAGGUAGAAGGAAAGUUGGAUUCAGAGUUAGCCUGACAUGAGCUACGGGUGGAAAUGAAAAACAUGGAGAAUGACUUUGAGCAGAAGCUCAAGGAUCUUCAGGGAGAAAAGGAUACAUUGCAUUCUGAAAAACAACAGCUUGCGACAGAGAAACAGGAUCUGGAAGCAGAGGUGUCCCAGCUUACAGGACAGGUUGCCAAGCUGUCCAAGGACCUGGAAGAUGCCAAGAAAGAAAUUGCUUCUCUCUCUGCUGCAGUUGCCGUAGCACCUCCCAGCAGGGCUCCUGUUCCCCUUGCCCUUCCUUUACCUGGUGAUUCUGGCAUUGUUAUUCCAUCCCCACCCCCUCCUUUACCAGGAGGGCUGAGCAUACCUCCUCCACCACCUCUUCCUGGGAGUGGUACCAUUCCUCCACCACCACCUCCCCCUCCUUUGCCUGGGCGUGCUGGCAUCCCCUCACCCCCUCAUUUGCCUGGGGUUACUGCCAUCCCCCCACCCCCUCCUUUGCCUGGAGUUACUGGCAUGCCUCCACCUCCCCCUUUGCCUGGGACUACUGAUCCCCCACCUCCUCCCUUGCCUAGAGGUUCAAGAAUGCCACCUCCCUCUCCCCCUCCUCCUAGAGGCCCUGGCAUCCCCCCACCUCCCCCUUUUGGAUUUGGCAUUCCUGCAGUACCAAUUCUGCCAUACGGUUUAACCCCAAAGAAGCUUUAUAUGCCAGAUGUACAGCUCUGGAGGCUAAACUGGUCCAAGUUUGCUGCUCAGGACCUGUCCCAGAACUGCUUCUGGGCAAGGGUCAAGGAGGACCGCUUUGAGAACAAUGAACUUAUCACCAAACUUACCCAGACCUUCUCUGCCCAGACCAUGACUCCAAAAGCCAACAAAGAUGAGGAAGAUGGAGAAGAAAAGAAAUCUGUGCAAAAGAAAAAAGAAUUAAAGGUGUUGAAUUCAAAGACGGCCCAGCAUCUCUCAAUCUUUCUGGGUUCCUGUCGCUUGCCCUAUGAAGAGAUUAAGAAUGUCAUCCUGGAGGUGAAUGAGGCUGUUCUGACUGAGUCUAUGGUCCAGAUAAGCAGCCAGAACCUCAUUAAGCUGAUGCUGGAGCCAGAGCAUCUGAAAAUGCUUUCUGAACUGAGAGACGAGUAUGACAGCCUGGCCGAGGCAGAGCAGUUCGGGAUGGUGGGCACUGUGCCCUGCCUGAGGCCUCACCUCAACACCAUCCUCUUCAAGCUGCAGUUCAGUGAGCAGGUGGAGAACAUCAAGCCGGAGAUUGUUUCUGUGACAGCUGCAUGUGAGGAGCUGAGAAAGAGUGAGAACUUCUCCAGCCUCCUGGAGCUGACCCUGCUCGUGGGGAAUUACAUGAACGCUGACUCCAGGAAUGCGGGUGCUUUUAGCUUCAAUAUUAGCUUCCUCAGUAAGCUUCGAGACACCAAGUCCACAGAUCAGAAGAUGACACUGUUGCACUUCCUGGCUGAGUCGUGUGAGAAUGACUACCCUGAUGUCCUCAAGUUUCCAGAUGAGCGCCAUGUGGAGAAAGCCGGCCGAGUUUCUGCUGAAAACUUGCAAAAGAACCUAUGUCAGAUGAAAAAACAAAUUUCUGAUGUGGAGCGUGAUGUUCAGAAUUUCCCAACUGCCAUGGAUGAGAAAGACAAGUUUGUUGAAAAAAUGACUAGCUUUGUGAAGGAUGCCCAGGAGCAGUAUGACAAGCUGCGGAUGAUGCACACUCACAUGGAGACCCUCUAUAAAGAGCUGGGCCAGUACUUCCUCUUUGACCCUAAGAAGGUGUCUGUGGAGGAAUUCUUCAUGGAUCUGCACAACUUCAGGAAUAUGUUUGUACAAGCACUCAAGGAGAACCAGAAGUGGCGGGAGAUAGAUGAAAAAAUGCAAUGAGCAAAACUAGCCAAGGAGAAGGCCAAGAAGGAGCAGCUGCAGAAACAGUGGAAGAGAGAGCAGCUCACAGACAUGAAUACAGGUGAGAAGCGAAGGAGAAGGGCUGAUGGGCUGUGUCAGGAGUGUUUGGAAGGCUUCUCAUCAGGAACCUCGGCGCAAGAGAGAACAGCUCAUGUCUGA